GAAUGGCGUCUAUGCCUAAGAGGUCCAAUGUUGCUUGCGACUCUUGUAGAUCCCACAAGCGCAAGUGUAAUGGUGGAGCUCCAUGUGCCGGAUGCAUCCGUAGACAGGUCGAGUGCGCGUAUUCUGCAAUUGGAAAAGGAUCCCAGGCUAGGCUUGCAGCGACUUCGCUAAGACUUAAUUCUCAAGUUCGCCAGAGCAACGACGCGGGCAGUUUAACUGUUGCACGCCGCACAUCGUCACAACCGCGUUCCAAAGCGCCAACAUCGUCAGGCCCUUCUCUCUAUAACAGUCGACAGAAGCCUCUUCAGGUUGAUGUCGAAGAUGGCAGUGCUCUCCCACCUCUCACGAUUCCUCUGGGCCAUCGCUGUACCAAUAAUAGCCUCCUAGUACUACCGCAAGUCCAGUCACUUAUUGGCCAGUAUCCGGAAGACUUUUUCUACCGAGUCGAGUCACAACGAUCACUACCAUCAACACAGUGGUUCAAUCCUAUUAGCGAUUACUUAGAGCUUCCUCAAGUUGACCAGGACACAGCACUAGCAUUGAUAAGCAAUUUCUUCCAAUCAGCCCACCUUGUCAACUUUUUCCUUGAUCAAGACACCUUUCUUGCUCGCUAUGUAUAUGGUUUAACUCCAGCCGACGCAAGUUUGAAUGACCGAGCGAUUCUCCACGCAGUAUUCGCACUCGGUUCGGUAGCCGGUAAAACAAUAGAUUCGAAGGAUGUGUUGGACAAGGAUACUCCCGGAAUGGAAUACUUCAAGCCGGCUUUGCAUAUUCUCACAACCUCCUGGACCACAAGUUUCUCCGGUGAAAUAAAUCUGUCACAGGGUUUAGUUUUAUGCGCCCUUUAUCUCUGUAAUAUAGCGCAGCCAUUGCGAGCGUGGAAACUUAUCCAUCUGGCAUCAACGACUGUGCAACAGAUAUUGCUUCGUUCCGAUGACACAUUGAAUCCAGCCGAUAAUGAUGAAAUCUUUCGGGUUGCCUGGUCGUGCUUUUGUAUUGAAAGCGAUCUCCUUUCAGAAUUUCACCAGCCUCGUAGUGGUAUCUUGCAUAUUAUGGACGAAAUGCGGUUUCCGAGUUUGGGCCAAGCUCCCAUGCCGGCAAACCUAGCAUUUUUAGCGGAAAUAUCCAUACGGCUUCUCCUAAAUCGAGUUCAUUAUUCUAUCUAUUCUGCAGACUCAUUAACGGAGGUGCCAGGCGGCUCUCUGAUUAGCAUCUGUACCGAGCUUGAUCGGCAAUUGAAUAACUGGUAUGACGCAUUACCCAACACAGUCCGGCCUGAUCUUUCAUCGCCGGAAGACGCGAAUUUUCAGAGUUAUAUACUUCGACUCCGCUACUGGUCGGCUAAAGAUAUCAUUUUCCGACCAUUUGUUUUCUACGUCACUUCACUGCCUGCAGACACAUAUGUUUCCGACAUAAUACUCGACAAGUGUCAAAUUUGUCUCUCGAGCUGCCGAUACUGGUUACUGUCGACUAAGAAGCUGCUUUCACAGCACACAUCCUGGGCUUAUAGCGCACUGAGCACUGUUUUCGGAUCCAGCUUGGUCCUCUCUCUCGCUGCUAUAUCCCCGCGACUCCAGAGUUUUGUUCCAAAUAUUAGUGAACUACAGAAUUUUGCUAUAGAGCGUCUGAAACCUUGGGCCCUGCCUGGUACAAGUGUUGAAUGCGCCCUUGAAAUCUUGAUCUCGGUACAAAAGAAGUUACGCUAUCGGUAAUUACUUUCUUCGCGCCAAUAAAUACAGAGUCGCAAGUAGAGUCCUUUCGACAUAAGGACUUGAUGAUGGAAGUAUUAUAAUGGGGAGGCAAGAUAACGUAAAGUACAUAACUGAACUGAGGAAGCAAAUCCAUCACGUCAGGUAUUUACCACUCCACCAACCGACCAUCAACCAUUACGGCAGUAGUCAAUAGAUGUUUUAGUAUAUAUCGAGGCGCCAACAUCACAGAGUUUUACAUCACAUAGAUUUUUGGGAAUUUUACCUCC